AUGGCACCGACAUCUUUUCUGUCCUUGCCAGCCGAAAUCCGUCACAAAAUCUACGAGUUCACCUUCACCACCGACUUAGGAGCCCCAGACCCCUAUGAAAUCAUUGACUAUUUCAAUAAUCGUGAUGAUGAAUUCUCCCACGAGGAAAGGGCAGAAACUCUGGAAGCACAAGCCGAAGAACAAGCGGGCUUUCCUGACUCUUCAGAAAACCACGAAACUUCACGGCGGGAGACAGCGCCCUCGCACGUCUUGUCAAGGCGCAUUCAGCAGCUUGAACAAUACCCCAACCUCUCAAGUGUCGACUUCUUCGCUCCAUACCCACGGUGUCUGUGCCUUGAGGACCUGGCAAAUGAGAACUCGCUCAUCAAAAAACUAGUGUCACUUACUCGCCCCUGGUCAGCAGAGCUUGGUACUAAUUGCACAUUCUCUAUGUCAAUGAAAUGUUCAAACUUUGAUAGUUCGACACCUGAAGUGCUUACGUAUCGCUACUUCCAGAUUGACGGAACGCAUGCCGAUCUUGAAGCCUUUGCGGAAACAUUGUCGAGCGAAGCUUUCUCUGCAAAUUUGCACAUUGGGACGGGUUGGGAUGUUCAACGCGCUGCGAUAGAAGAUGCAAGGGCAUAA